CGUGAGGCACCUUUGGGGUGGCGUAGCUGCAAUCUGCUCCCCGCCAGCAGGGGCGCCAGCGACAGCCUUAAACCUCCCGCCUCGGUCCCGCUUCACCCACCACCGGCUUCCCCGGCCGGGGCCGGGCCUGAGGCCGGGCCGACUUCCCCCAGCUCCUCCCCCGGCUCCUCCCCCGGCCACGCCGCUCGGAUUUUCCUGCGGCGGAGACGUGGUGGCCGCAGGGCGGCCGGAGUGCGGAGAUGUGGCUGUGGCUGGCGUUGUCGGCGCUGCUGGCGGCGGCGGGCGCGCAGUACGAGCGCUACAGCUUUCGCAGCUUCCCGCGGGACGAGCUCAUGCCGCUCGAGUCCGCCUACCGCUACGGCCUGGACCAGUACAGCACUGAGAACUGGCCCGAGAGCGUCAACUACCUGGAGGUCAGCAUGCGGCUCUACCGCCUGCUGCGCGACAGCGAGGCCUUCUGCCACCGUAAUUGCAGCCACGCCGCGGGGCAGCCCCCCGCUGCUGCGGCCGACCCCGCCGCUGCUGCUGCCGCCGCCUCCGGGGGAGCGCUGGUCGAGCUGCGCCUCCUGUCCGGAGUGCUGCGGCGGGCGCAGUGCCUGCGGCGCUGCAAGCAGGGGCUGCCUGCCUUCCGCCAGGCCCAGCCCGGCCGCGACCUGCUCGAGGACUUCCAGCGCCGCGAGCCCUACAAGUACCUGCAGUUCGCCUACUUCAAGGCUAAUAAUCUUCCAAAAGCAAUUGCAGCAGCUCAUACAUUUCUUCUGAAGCAUCCAGAUGAUGAAAUGAUGCAAAGAAAUAUGGCCUACUAUAAGAGCAUACCUGAUGCUGAGGAGCAUAUUAAAGACUUGGAGACAAAACCUUAUGAGAAUCUUUUUGUCAGGGCUGUGAGAGCGUACAAUGGUGACAACUGGGGGACAUCUAUCUCAGACAUGGAACUGGCUCUUCCCGAUUUCUUCAAAGCCUAUGAUGACUGUACAGCAGCCUGUGAAGGUUCCCGAGAGAUCAAGGAUUUUAAAGACUUCUAUCUUUCCAUUGCAGAUCAUUAUAUUGAAGUUCUUGCAUGCAAAGUGCAGUGCGAGAGUAAUCUGACGCCCAUUAUUGGAGGCUUUGUUGUUGAGAAAUUUGUGGCCACCAUGUACCAUUACUUGCAGUUUGCUUAUUAUAAAUUGAAUGAUGUGAAGAAUGCAGCUACUUGUGCUGCUAGUUACCUUCUGUUUGACCAGAACGAUGAAGUAAUGAAACAGAACAUGGUCUACUAUCAGUACCACAAAGACAAAUGGGGACUUAAAGAGGAGGAUUUUCAGCCCAGAUUGGAGGCUGUUCGAUACCACAACAUAACCACACUCCAGCUGGAAAUGUAUGACUUUGCAAAGGAACAUCUGAUGGAUGAUGAUGAGUAACAGCUUGGUCACCCCGUCUUGCUUCUUAAAUGGUUGGAAUUCAUGGACAGAUAACAUAAAAUGACUACUAUUAGACUGGAAACAUGUAAAGUGGAUUUUUUUUUUUGCGCUAGGAAAGUAGUUAAAUUGUUGAGAGGGCAUUUCUUUGUCUCCCACAGCUGAAAUGAAAGUGUAAGUCAUGGAGGCUUUGGAUUGCUUUUUGUUUUGCUUUGUUUUCAGAAUCUUUCAUUUAAAGGUUUGAAAAAAAUCUUCAAAUGAUGGAAUAGUUCGUUGUUGGCAUUGGCAAAGAGCUAUGCUCAGUUUGACGUGGGGCAGAGUACUUGUAAGGAGCACGGCUGAGCUCUUUUUUAGAGAAAGAUGGUUUAUUUUAAAAAAUGAAAUCACCUUUGCAAUUUUUAUGUUAUCCAGCACAUAGGGAGAGGUAAUAUUUUAUAGUGCAAAAGCAGUAACAUGUCUGUGCUGCCUUCAGUAUGCUAGUGACCUGAAAACAAAUCUAUACGUAAAAUUCCAUUGCAAGGUUACCAGACUUAAGGAAGACUUUCCAUUGUGAUAAAACUGUGAAAGACAGUUUAAUAAGCUUGUUAUAAGGUUAAGCUUAGAUGAGGGCUAGUCUGUAUGGAUUUUCAUCCGGGUGUGAAAUACUUGAGCGCUUUCUGUAUUCCCUUGUUGGUUUGUGCUUUGCCCAUUAUGGUCUUUUAUGUUGGGCAUAAACUUAAUUUGUAGUUCUUCUCCCAUAUCUGCUGCUUCAAAACACAGGGAUGAAUAAUUAAGGAAGGGGAGAAGCAGUCUGUUGUGAGGGCUUUCCCCGUAUGUUUUUAGAAGGAGGGAUAGAAACAAUCUUUAGCCUCAAGUACUGUGUAUAGAAUAAACAAGCAUUUAUUUGCUGGCAUUCAUUCCUGUAGCCCGUUUCACUAGUGCAGUUAUAAAUGACCUUGCAAUCUGCAGGAAGGAAGUACAGUGGAAACCUCAUUUAAACUUUUGGGGAAGUGACAAGGAAUUACACUGGAUUAUUUGUUUGGGUUAAACAACAAAAAUUGCUGGGCCUGGUCAUGCUACAUAUAUCCCUACCCCACACUCUCAUCAUAAUAGGAAAGUUACCAUUCUCCUCUCCCAGGGAAAAGCUUCUGUACCCUCCCUUUCUAGGGCUGAAGAACCUGGGAGGCUGUCCAUUGCCUCUGGCUUGGCUCUGGCUUUUGGUAGUGAACUCAUAAAUCCCUGGCUACCAGAACUUGUCUUUGCCUGCAGGAGCCUUCCAGGGAGUCCAGACAGAGCAGGAAUAGCACAAAGGGAAAAGCGCUGCCUUCCAGUUUCUGCUAUAUGGGCAGGACCUGGUAGUAGAAGUGGAAUUUCUUGUUAAUAUUUCUCCUGGCAUGGAUAGAAAAGUUUAUUCCAUAGGAAUGCUGAAAACUGAAAAACCCAGAUAAGGUGUUACAGUAAAAGCUUUAUUAAAAGUUGUUAAGGAUGGAGGCAACCUCUCUUUUUAGUACACUGUUUAUUUAAACCAUGUGCUUCUUGGGCCAUAGGCCAUACCUUUGUAAGUUUCUGUGGUCCAUGUUUGCUGUCUGUGAAGUUGCUUGUGGGCCCAUAAAAUAAUCUGCAGAAAAAAAUCAUUCUCUUUCGUUGAGUGAAGCAAAAGGAUUCAUGUGGCAAAAGGAUCUCUUCCUAUGUGAACAUGUCAUCAUUCCCAAGUGGAGAAUCUCACUUUGUUCAGACUUCUCAGUGCUCCUAUAUCCCAGAUCGUACAUGUGUCUUUUUAAAUCCAAUUAGCAAAGCAAGUGAGAACAAGUGGCUUCUUCCAAUAAUACAUGGCAGUAAUUGCAAAGGCUGGAACAUGCAGUAAUGAUUUUUGCAUAUGUCACUACAAGAAAUACUGUCCUGUUCAUGUUACUUUAUUAAUGUUUUUCCACAAGGAAAUGAAAAUCUCUAGUUCAAACAUUUAACACAGCAGAGGUGACAGAGAACAUUAGCGCCAACUAGCUACAAAUUACUUUUUCUUAAAAGUAAUUAUUAUUAAAUAUCCUUACAGUUUUCCACAGUGAAGUUGAAAGAACAUUACACAGAUUUGUCAUCUUAGUUGGCCAUGGAUUGUCAAGCUUUUUGAUUUCUGUUCAGAUGUGUAAUUCACAAAGGCUCUAAUAGAUACAACUCCUGGUAUUGCACACAUUUAAAUAGCAAACUGAAAUGCCGUUAAGAGCCAGAUACUCAGCUGGUGUAGAUAUAACUUCAGCAUUACACUAAUUGUAUGAGACAUGUUUCUGGCCCAUAAAAUCGGUGUUCUUGAGGAUUUUUUUUUUUUCAGGGAUAGCUACUUAGCUGUUCUAAGUUACAUAAGAACCACAAGUAUUUGGCUGAGAUGAUCCUACAAUGUGAUUUUUCUUUCAGUACUUAAUCAGUAGGUGAAAAACUGUUGGCAGCUUUGACCCACUUUAUUUGCCAUGUUGUUCUUUUUAUUUGUAUAUGAUGUGUGUGUCCAUUUGUACAAUAGCUGAAAUUCAAAUGCUCCAUUCUUAAGUGUGAUGCGAAGGAGGGUUAAGUGUUGAACUGAUGUGACUGCUGGAAAAAGAUCAUGUGGAAUAACACCAAAGCAUGAGAGCCCAGUGGACUACUUACAGCAGAUAAUAAUCUGCAUUCAGCCUAUUUUUCUGCUCGGGAAUCACUAACAACAUAUUUUCAGCUUUAUUAACAAACUUUUGGCAUACAUUCAGGUGAUUUAUACAAGUGUGCUUGUAAUGGCAAGUUGUAACUGCAGACAUGUAAACCCUGCCCCGUCUGCGACCUCAGACCAACACAGCUACAAUAGCACCGCUACACUGAGAAGAGCUGGUGGCAGCCAUUUCGGAGAGAGCUGGCAGCUAAGUGGCAUUGUUAUGGUCCUUGUUCAACAUAAGCUUCUUUAAAGAAAGAAGAUUUUUUUUUUCAUCAUUUCCUGGUGGAGAUACUGCCUAUGUGGCUGGCCCUGCAGAACCUUCCUGCUUUCCCCUCUUGCUUCUUUACCAUUGGAUGUGUAUCCUGGUCAAAGAUAUUCCUUCUUCCAUUUACACCACUUUUCAUGGGAAGCUGUUUCCAUGGUUGGGCUUAAAUGGCAGGAUGUCCCUAAGUUGUGGGUACUGACAUUAGGAGGAAUUUUUACCUGCCCAGUUUUUCUUAAGCUUCUGCAUGCAGCGUAAAGCAGGCAAGAGAGAGUAAGUGGAGUUCAGAAACAAAGCCACUAGAAGGCUUCUGUUUUCAGUGCGAUGGGAGCAGUGUUGGAGUUGCUUUGGAACUGGGCUGACUCAUGUUUUAUAGGCAUUAUAAAAAUGUUAAGAGGAAAGCAUUUUUACUGGAAUACUGUAAAAUACUAUUGUAAUAACUGCAGUGUACUGCAGUCUCUCAUAAUGUAUGUUCAGAAUGUAUCAAUAAAAAUG